GUUGGCUUGCAAUUUUGUCUGCAGCUUUUCUUGGUGCGAUUUCUUUCACAUUUUCCUUUACACACUAACGUUGAAUAGAUUCUGGAAUUCUGUUCUGGUUUCAUGUUUCUUUUUUGGACGCGAUUGAUAUCAUUGUCCAUAUUCAUUUGAUUUAUUGCAAGUGCAACCAGCAAGCGCUAUGAUAAAAACGCGGUAUUAAACCCAGGAGGAUCAUCUUGUGGCCUCGUUUGACGCAGAUCAGGAGAAGCUCGCUGCAAUGGUGGUUUUUCCGUGUUGUGAACCCGUGGAGCAAAUUUUCUGUGAUCGGUGCCAGAAAUGGGCCAACAGACCGUGCUUUUCGCACACCAGUCGCAUACCCGAUACGAUUGUGAUUCCUUAUUCCGUGGCGAGUCUUCCUUGUGUGCUGUAUCUGGACAUUCCUCCGGAUGGUCGGUCUGACAAAGCCGUUUUCGCCAAAGAAGCCAUUCCCGCGCAGACGGUUUUCGGUCCGUUAAUCGGUGCACUCAGUACAGAUAAACCAGCGGAUGCGGCGUUUGCCUGCGGAAGUGCAACGUAUGCCGGACUGCAUUAUUUUCUCACGGAAUCUAAUCAGACGACCAACUGGAUGAAAUUCGUCGGGUUUGCAAGGAAUGCGGCUGAGCAGAAUUUGGCUGCCUUUGAGAUCCACGAAGCUUCUCCCUUGUUGUCCACUUCGGACGCUGUUUCCCCUACGCGCACACACGUGGUAUUUGUCACAACGAAGGCUGUCCUGCCCGGCGAUGAGCUGAAAGUCGCCUACUCCCGGGUGUACUCCCAGGCUAUCGGUUGCAUUGAUCCGCAAAAGGCUCAAUCGGCUGUUCCUGUGGUGACGGCGGAUAAAGAAUCAUGUGGCCAAGAGAAUAAAGAUUCUUCCUUCACGGUUCCGAAAGUCGUCACAGCGCGUUUGCGUUCCAGAAUUCAUCAGACCGCGUCCAACCGCGCCGACUGGGAAAAGGCUCACCCGAUGGAGCCUGUGAUUAUGGCUGGUGAAGAACCAUGUGGUCAAGAGAAUUCGUCUCCAAAGAAGAGAACGGCUCCAAAAUUCGUCAGGCCGCGUUCUCAACUCUGUCCCAUCCAGAUCGGUUCGAUCGAGACCGUUAAAAAAUUGCUCUCACUGCCUAGAGGGAUUAUACCUGACCCUGAACAACACGGAUUGGUCCCGGACAGUGCUCCGACAGCGACGACAAUUACUGAGGCAAUUUCGAAUGGAAAUAAUAAAGGAGCUUCUGCAGAUCGGAUGUUGAACACGCUGGACGGUGUAUCGAAAUCGUUAACAACUUCUGCUGUUCCAAAGUCGAAAAAGAAAGACAUUUAUGCGGAUCCCGCGCCUAAGAUCACAAGCGCAAAAGCAAGAAAGCGUCAAAAGCUGUUGGAAGAAUGCAUGGCGAUGCCCAAUUUCUUACCACCGGAUGACGAUCCUGUUGCAAACGCAGAAAAUAAUUUGGCUGACGUUGAAACCGUUAUACCGCCUCCUUUGGUUGUACCGGAUAGCGAUGCCGUUGCGAAUUCACAUGAUCACUUGGCGGAUGUUGGCGCAUUAAUUUUCACUGAUAUACCGCCCGCUUUGAUGGAACCAGAAGUACCAGAAUCAUUUAUGGAUUCGUGCGACGCUAAGGACGAUGAUACAAAUCAUGAAUCCCUUCCCUUUCCGGAAAUGCCGCUAGAACCGGAUGAUACUUGCCAGUCGUUGUCGAAUGACAUCUCUCCCGAGGAAAAUCGUCCCGUCGACGAGUGUCAUAAACUUCUGGAAGAAAUGUCCAGCCUAAAAUCCAGAGCGCACCUUGGAUUGCGCAGGAAGGGAACAUGCUUGGUGUGCGGCGAACGGACGUUCUGGACCCUGCCCGACCAUCUGGCGGAGAAGCACUCGGAAGAGGACGUGCAGGCCGUCGAUGAUGCGUGCUUCUUCUGCCGUAGAAAGUUCAAGAAUCACAGGGCUUUACUCCAACAUCUCAACAUCGCUCAUGUUGGGACGAUCGCCAAGAUGCCGGAUGAAGCCAGUCGCGCCACCGCUCUGGAGUUUAUGCGACGAACGGGAUUAUUGACUUAUCGUUGUGUGAAAUGCAACCGAACAUUUCCCAAGAAAUCCCUGCUGGAUUUGCAUAGCCUUGGGCAUAACUCUGAUCCGGCGGAGCAUCCCGAGCGGAAGUGCUCGGAAUGUGCUUUUGUGGCGCGGAGUUUCAUGGAGUUGAUCAAGCAUACAUCGAAGCAUACGCUGCCGUCGAAGGCAAGAAAUCCAUGUCUGUUAUGCGGCGCCGGCAUACGCAGUUGCCUACGCCAUCACAUGGCGAAUAGCCAUCCGGAAGCCAUGCCCCUGAUCAUGGAGACAUGGAAAUACCAGUGCCCGGAGUGCCGGCAGAAAUUCGCCCGCAAAUUCGAUCUGCACACGCAUGUGGCCGUACAGCAUAAAGGCUGGCAGUGUGUGUACUGCGGACACCGUGAAGCGCACGGAUGGAACGGCUUCGACGAGCACGUGAUGGAGCAUAAGAUCGACAAUGCGUUUCCCUGUGUUGUUUGUGAGAAGUCGUUUAAAAAGUACCAUCGCCUGUGUAUCCAUAUCCGCGAUCGUCACGGCGCGGAUUCCGUGGAGCAUGCCGAUAUGGUUUCGGUGGCGGAGGAUUCGAAAACAAACAGUGUGCCGCCUGCGAUGGUGGAGCGCGCCAUCGAAAUGAUCCGGAAGAAUGAUGUAUUUUUCUGCUACUGCCGCGAAUGCCACAAAUCCUUCGCUACGUUCGAGCUGCUCGAUCUACAUCAGCUGCAACACAAAAAUCCGGAUACUUUAGAAGACAAUUCGCGACGCGAUUGCCCGGCGUGUGAAUUCCAAGCGACGAGUUUCGCCGAAUUGGUGAAUCACGUUUUGCAGCACGCAUUGCGGAGGCAGGAUCAGCGGCCGUGUUUAUUCUGCGGGAAGAUUGUAUCCCGCGGCCGGGUACGCCCGCAUAUUCUCCAAAAACAUCCCGCGGAAAUGCAGCGGAUCACCGAGACCUGGGAGUAUCCGUGUGCGGAAUGUCCGGAGAAAUUCAAAACGCCCGGGUUUCUGGAGUACCACACCAAAUCGCAGCAUAAAGGCUUCCAGUGCUGGUACUGCGCCAAGGUGCUGUACAGUUCGCAUGCGGGGGGCAGUCAUGCGGCGGAGCACCGGGUCAACGGGAAAUUCCCGUGUCCAGCGUGCGACAAGAUCCUGGCGAAUUAUCCGCAAGUGAACAAUCAUUAUCGCAAGUGUCAUGAUGCCACGCGCAUGAAGACGUGCAGUGUGUGUCAGACGGUUUGUUUUGGUGACAACAAGUUGGACGAGCAUAUGUUUACAUGUCACGGUAUUCCCAGCGAAACGGCUGUCAAGACGAAGCGUUCCGCAGCGCGCGUGGGGUCGGCCAGUGGAUCUCAUCAACGAACAUGCAGUUUUUGUAAGAAGGAAUUCAAAAAUUACGCUAGCAUGCAUUACCAUAAAAUUACCAAGCAUUUGGGGAGAAAUCCGAACUUGAAGCCCAAAGUGCGGACGCAGUGCGAUGAGUGUCAGCAGAUGUUUGCUUGUGACAGUACCUUACGGAAGCACAAACGGUGGGUGCAUCGCGGCGAGCUGAGGGAAUAGUUUUUGAGGGAACGGGCGGAACGCAGAGCGGCCGGCAUACCGAAUCCGCGCUAUGUCAAGCCGCGCGAUCGGACCGCCUAUGAGGAUUUUAAGCAUAAAUGUGAGGAAUGCCAGCUGGGAUUUGUGCUGGCCAUUUCGCUGCUCAAACACAAUGAAUCCCAGCAUCCAGAAAAGAUUAUCCAGCAGCCGAGUACCAGUAAAAUAACUCCGUGAUACAGUAUUAUAUUGACAUGCUAUGCGGAAGUCGCACCGCGACAACCGCACUAGAUGACCAAACCUACUCAAUCGGUAGAGUGGGAAUAUGCUCUGGACUCCGUAAGUGGUACUACUGCCUACUUCCGCUAGGUACGAGCGGAUUGCUGUGCCUAACGAAAGUUACCGAAACCAAAACACUCAGGAACUUCCCAAAUGUUUAAUCACCAAACCGAACGAACGAACAAACAGAACAGAACAGAACGAGAUAUGAACUUCCUUCUAACCUAGAGUCACACGACCUUUCAGCUAGAAACGAGCUCACAGAUUUAGUUAAAGUUAGAAACUUCAGACUCAUCAGUUAGACCAGAAUCGUGGAUGCGAUUAGCGAUCAAAUGCGUUAGAUAAGAACAGCACAUCGUACGAAACGGAACAGACAACACGUACGUCGUAACACGUACGUACGUAAUACGCGCAAUCUAUGCAUAGCGCGUUACCCCCACUGCUACAGAAUUAACGUCCGCGUUAAUCAAAGCAAACAAACAAACAAAAACCAAAAUCAAAGAAAAUCAAAUCCAGGAAGUACCGUAAUCCUGGAGGAUCCGUUUCAUCAUUCGCGCGUGGAAUCCGGGGUGUGACGGGGGUUUGAAUGGAGGUCCAAGUUGAUGAAGUUGGUGUUCCGUCCAAGUCCUCCGAAGUUCCUCGUUCCAUGCGCGUCCAGUUUCAUCGUCCAUCCAUCCAAACGUUUCGUAUCCAGGUAAGGUUUUCACCCAUCCUCUCCCUCCGAAGAGCUCGAGGAUCCGCAAACCGUCAGGCCAGACACAUCAGGAAUGGCAGCCCUUCUGACAAACACUGGCUACCGCCAAUCAAUCAACAACACAGAUACAGAUUAAAACGAAUGAAUACCGUUCGUUAAUCAGCAUCUUCAGUGCCCCAAAAAGUGGAUAUUUAAUUCCACUAAUUACUGGCAAUUACCCCCACUGCAAGUUUGCACCUGCAGUCAAACGAUCAAACACAGUCAAUCACAAAUAGAUCGCAAGAACCGAUACGAUAGCAUGGUUCUUAGCAGUGAUCAAACAAAACGUAACCAGUAUCAUCCAAGAUUAUCUUCCGGAUGAUUGAUUGGAAUCUAAACUGGAUUAUAUACAUUCAGUUAUCAAAACCAAACAAUAAUCGUAAUUACUGCUCCGACUGCAGAGUCAAAAUGGUCUGCAGAAUCAAAAUGAUUUUGAAAUCAUUUUUACAGAAAUCAAACACUGCACCGCAGCACAGCGUUUCAUGCACGUAGCUACCACACCGGCGGCUACGGCACACAACACAGUACUCGAUUAAUAAGUACUUCUUUUCAAAAACAAGUCUUUAUAUUUUUCUGAUACUUCGGCAAUCAGCAUCCCUUUUUGCUGAUAAAUCCUGCGGUUAUGAGCAAAAGCAAGUUACACUGUCAGUACACCACAGACAACGGAACAGCGGACUCAAACGUAGCAGUCAGAACUUAAACGUGAGCGUUACAAUGCUCACAUUCAGCUCUUAUUUUCCACAAUUCGGCAUUCAUCACAGGCCAGUAAUAAUUCCGCAAAACAUACUUACGGACUGACCAGUAAUCAUGCAAAUUACCAGCAUGAAAACUUUCAUGGCAGUCUCGUAACAAGUCCUGACGGCUAGCUUCCGGUACGACUGCGCGGUGUCUACCGUACCUACCGCCCUUGCUACGGUACACGAUACCACGAUAAACAUGAAAUCCUUUCACGAUCUUUCUUUCAUCCCGACUCAUCUCUGCCUCGGGAUUCUUGAUCAGAAACUUCAGGCGCUUCACAUAAGCACUACCACUUUGCUUCCGACGCCAACCCACACUAGCCUGAGCACCCCCACUGCAAAGCGAAUGCCCUGUCGGACGGCGUACCGAGCAAAACUUAACCUGAGCGGCAUCGCCCCCACUGCAAGUUUCCUUCAGUGCAGCGAACUCUGGUGCAUGUUUAACCUGCACAGUAAAGGAAUUAACCUCCGGUUUGCGCAUCAAAAACAAUCCCAAACUAUUACUUUCGGGAUUCUUUCCCAUCGACUUCUUCAUCAUAUAAGCUUUAAUCACCUGAUCCGGCGGUUCAGCUGUCACAGGCUUACGAGGUUCCGUACUGGUGCAUUUCUUUCCCACAUGCGCGCCAUGGCAUUUAAAACAUUUCGGUUGUCCGUCUGGAAAAUACCAUUUAGCGUAAUUAAUGGUUACCUGCGUACCAUUAUCAACUGCACUUCCUUCGGACUUCUUCGCCUCAUUACUAGCAGCCUUAACUGCGCUGCUAUCUGCAUCAACUGGCUUCCUGCCACUGAACUGUCUUGAUUCAGAGUAACCAGAACCGGGAUUACUGUUACGCAGCUUAUACUGCAGUUUCAGUUCUGACAGAAAUUCUUCAACAUCUGCAACUCUUUUCUCUUCCAUGUAUUUGAACCAAAAGAAACGGUUCUUCUUUAAUCCUUGCUUCAGAUAAUACACACGUUCCGAUUCGUUCAAAUCGAGCUUUUUGAACGACGUAGUGAACCAAUCCACAUACGAGUUCGGUGUAUCGUCACUACCAAAAUGACGAUCAGCAAUUUUAUCACGAACAGCCAUUAAAUCUUUCUCAUCCGAGAAAUGUUCUCGGAUCAUCUUCUUCCAUUCAGACCACUUUAACUUUUUAUUAUAAUCGUAUUUAUCCAAGUACCAGGUAAGCGCCGUACCAGUAAGGCAGCGCGACAAGCACUUACUGAUGACGUCACUGUCCGACCAACUGUUGUGGUUUUUACGGUUAUCUACACUCUGGAUAAACUGUUCCACCUUAUUCGUAUCUGUUUUCCCAUCAAACUUCUCAGGAUACAUUGUAUCCGUCCUGAAUGCACCUUUCAUAGCAUUCGUAAACUUAUCCAUAUCAAAUGGAGCGGAAGCAGUACUACCGCCCUUGGCUUCCUGUUCCUUUAAACGACGAUCAAGUUCAGCAACCUUGGCUUCCAUCUUGGCCAAAGCAAUUGUGCUAACUUCUGAAAUCGUUGGUGAGGGACUACGCGACUCACCCAAACAUUCCUGCAUAUUAUGAGCACGCUCACGCAGCUCCAGAAAAUCUUCCAGCUUGUGGGAAUUCUUAACCAUGAAAACAGGCUUCUGAACUGCACUGUACAUCUUUCGUACAGGAUCAGCCAUAUCCUGUACUGCUACGCUUCGUCGACCUGCUUCAACGUGCGGAACAAAGAUUACGUCAUCAUUCACUGCAUGGCGUAUAUUAUUCCGAUCAACUUUCCACUUAUCAACAGCAACAUUAAAUGCUGUUUGUUCAGCCAGAAAACUCGCAUACUUUUUAUUCAAGGCAGCUGUGCCUUGUUGAAAACUUUUCUGCGCCUUCUCCUUCUCUAACUGGAACUUCUGCUUUUCCAGUUGCAACUUCUCGCUUUCUUUAUUCACAUGCUCGAACGCAUCCUGCAUUAGCUUUGCGUCUCGAGUACGCAUUAUGCCAAGCAACUUCACCUGAUCAGCCAACUCAUUAUGACGAUCAACCAAACCGUCAUAUUUAUCGACCAGAUCAUUAUGUUUAUCAACUAAACCAUCAUGCUUCAAAACCAGCGCAUGAUAUCGCAACUUUUCCGCGUCCAGUUCUUUACGUAACUGUUCAACCACAGCAGCGGUUGAUGACUCAUCGCUUUCUUUCCCAACUUUCUGACUGUAGUGAACAUCAGCGUCUUCAAUACGCUGCUUAUCUACCGCAGCCAGUUCCGUAUCACUAUCAUCGUGAUCUUCAGUAACAACAGCUGAAUAAUCUGGAGCAUUACUAAUUUGCUCCAGUACCUUAUUCAUUUCUGUCAGGUCCAAGUGCUGAGUUACCACGGUAUUCUUCGCAGUACCACUCGAGCCACUGGCGGACAGUGUAUUGCCCUCACUGACUGCAGCUUGCAGACCGCCGCUUUGCUGCAUAUCCGACCCUGGAUGAGCUUUACUGCUACCUGCUGCAGACUGAUCAGGCUUUUUGUUGGCAAGAUACUGCAUCCAUUUUUCAUGCAGUUCAGUGCCAUACUGCUGAUCGUAAUCAUGCAGGGUCAGAUGAAUCGUUCUACGGGCGGGAAUCUUCCUUCCUGCCUGGAUCCACUGAUCAUAACCUCCUGGUUUUUUACCACCAUUAAGAUCAUAUUCAACCCACUUCUGACUUAAUUCUCCAGUACGUGGGAGAACAAUUUCCCACUUUUUGCAAAAAUCGCCAACCUUUUCGUCUUCAGGUAGAAACCACUGCACCGUAGGCGGGGAUAAAUAAUCCGCCUUCUUUAACAUGGCUUCAAACUCAUCAACAUUUAUCAUCCCUUUUCGACGGGACGAUUUACUUUUGCCAGUUAACGGCUCUUCUACACCGUCCUCCGGUCCAGCGGUUAAUGCUGAUGGUUCAAUCACUGUACUAUCCAUUGCACCUGCUUGACAAACAACAGACAAGUAAUCCAGGUCACCGAACCCGGAUGUAAGUCUGCUACACAAAUAACAGGGCUUUCGCCAUGACUUCUCAGUACACACCGUACCAAUUACCAGUACGAGUACAGAAUACGGACUCCCGUCCAGCACCUGGCUCGCACUUAGGAACCGUGCCUCGCGCAACCCUCUAAGGUCACUGCGGUACACACUGCGGUUUAGCACCUGGUUCUCACUUAGGAACCUUGCCUCACGGGAUUCUCUGAGAAUCCACGCGGUCAACCAGCACCACACAAAACCAUACAAAGCGACAAACGAACGAUACCACUUACCAGACGAUCCAGAUUCCCAGGGGUUGUUAAAAUUCGGUGGGCGCCAUGACAUGCUAUGCGGAAGUCGCACCGCGACAACCGCACUA